AUGGAGGGUCACACCCCCAACGAGGCCAGCAAUGGCGCGCCGACCGGCGAACAGGGGAGGAUACGCAAGCCCUUGCGCAGUGAGGGUCACUGGGAAAGGGAGCCGUCCCUCGAAACCACUGUGCCUACGUACUCUAGUGGUGAUGUGGCCAUGGACCUCAAACUGGGCCAGUGCCAGGCCCUUCUUUCUCGGUUGAAGCGCCACAAGCACGCAUGGCCGUUCAAUCAGCCCGUGGACCCGGUGGCGCUAGACCUGCCGGACUACUGGGAGGUGGUGAAGAGGCCGAUGGACUUGGGCACGAUUGGGGACAAGCUGACUUCGGGACAGUACGCCAAGGUGUCCGAGUUCCUGGACGACCUGGAGCUGGUGUGGAGCAACUGCUUGCUCUACAACCCGCCUGAUGACCCCAUCAGUGAGUGGGCCACGCUGCUCCGCAAGACGACGCAUCGACUGGCGAAGCAGUUGGGCGUGAUCGAACACGAGGGCCUCGCGACCAAGGCCGAAGGGAGCGGUGAGAGGAAAGAGCGAUCGACGCCAGUGCGACGCGGAAGGGAAGGCGCGGAGACACGACGAAACGAGGAGGACGAAGAUCUAGAGGACGCCUCCUACAUGGACACCUCGGCGGGCCGCCGGCGAUCGAGUGCGCGGCUGAGCGCCAAAAGUGGGAAGCGGUACUACGGCGAAGAGGAGGGAGAGGAGGAGGAGGAGGAGGAGGAGGACCUGGAGGGUGGCUCGAGGAAGGCCAGCAGGAGAACGACCAACGGCGACGGCCACCAGCAGCAGCACGGUAACGACGACGGAGGUUCAUCGGAGCCCGAGGGAGCCGCAGGCCCUAUCGUCGACAAGAUCCUGGCGCAUCGGGUGACACAAGAGCGCGCGGUCAAAAAGGGCGGCGGCAGCAGCAGCAGCGUUGAAGAAGCGGAGCAAGAAGAGAAGGGAGAGACCGACGCGGCAGCGGCGCAGGAGCAGCAGCAGCAGCAGGAGGAGGAGGGGGCCAAGACCGACCAAGUGGCGGCCGAACCGGUCACGGAGUACUACGUCAAGUGGAAGGAGAAGUCCUACCUGCACUGCGAGUGGGUCACCGCCGACGUGAUCGAGCGGGAAGGGACCGUGGGGCGAGGCAAGAUCAACCGCUACCACAAGAAGAAGCAGGAGAUGGCCCUCGACGCACUGGCUCUGCCCCGGGGCGCCGGCGGGAUGGAAGAGGAGGAGGAGCCCCCGUUUCCUCCGGCCUACUGCGAAAUCGACCGCAUCAUCGCCUACGAAGAACUCAUCGAACCGAUCCCGCCCCAAGACAUGCCUCCUGUGUCCGCCGCCGUGAAAGCGGAAACAGCAGGCGAGGGGGCAGCACCCUCACCCCAGCACGCCCCCGCGUCACAUCUGGCGGCCGCUUCUGCUGCUGCUGCUGCUGGACCAGCGACGCACCCCUCGGCAGUCCACGCCCCAGCGCUGCCCAGCACCAGCACCCCUGCCCCUUCAGUCACUGUUGGGCCGAGGCCUGCGCACCUCCCUGGCAUCGCGCCCUCCUCCGUUGCACCUUCCCAGGCGGCCCACCCGUACUACCCACAGCAAACUGGUGCCGGUCUACCGCCGCCCUUUGUGCCGCCUCAGCAGCAGCCACAGCAGGCCAGAGUGUCGGCACCGCCCUAUAGCCCCUACAGUUCGGCGCAGCACUACCCGGCCAACCAGCCUCACAGCGCGGGACUGGGUGGCCACUCGCCACUGGCGCCGUCUGCCUAUCCGCACCAGUAUACCGGGCAAUCGAGCAGCAGAUCCCAGAUGCCCUAUCCUCAUCAGGGCUAUCCGCCAGCGGCCCUGCAGCCUCCCGUCGUGGCUGUACCUGCUCCGCCGCAGCUGCCCCCCACUCACAAUGCGCAACUCUGGCACCAGCUGCAAGCCUGGCGUGGAGAGAUGGUUCAGCGCUCCACAGCCCCGCCGGCCCACCCGGCGCUCACGCUUCCGGGAACUUCCGCCGCCACGGCCGUACCGACGCAGCCGGCUGCCUCGCACCGCGUCAAGCCGGAGAAGCUCACCCCUGGCCCCGGUGAACGUGUGGUGAGACGGUAUUUGGUGAAGUGGUGCGAUCUGCCCUACACCGACUGCACGUGGGAGUCAGCAGCGGACCUCAAGGAUGACGAAAAGAUUGCUCAGUUCCACAAAUGGAAUACCCCGCCCGCGCACACCAACACCAGCGGCAGACCCAUCAGUCAGUGGGCGCCCCUCAACGACCCCACCUUCAAGAACGACAACAAGCUACGCAAGUACCAGCUGGAAGGGCUCAAUUGGCUCGUGUACUGCUGGUAUAACCGGCGAGGCUCGAUUCUUGCGGACGAAAUGGGCUUGGGCAAGACUGUUCAGAGCAUCACCUUCCUGGAGUAUCUGCACCGUAAUCAGUACAUCCAUGGGCCGUUCUUGAUCGUGUGUCCGUUGUCUACGCUUCCCCAUUGGAUUCGUGAACUUGAAGGCUGGACGGAGAUGAACGGUAUAAUCUACCAGGGUAACGCGGCCAACCGGACUGUCAUUCGUGAGUACGAGUGGUAUUACCAGGGGCAAGGGCAGAAGAGAGCCCCCGGCCAAUUCAAAUUCAACGUCCUGCUUACGACCUACGAGAUGAUUCUGCGCACGGACUGGGCGGAGCUGAGUAAGAUCAACUGGAAAGCGUUGAUUAUCGACGAGGCGCAUCGCCUGAAGAACAAGAGGUCGAAGCUGCUCGAGCGGCUCAAGCUCUUCAAGACAGAUCACCGCAUAAUCCUCACCGGGACGCCGCUGCAGAACAACACCGAAGAGCUCUGGACCCUCCUCAACUUCAUCGAGCCGCACAUCUUCACUUCGCUACCCAGCUUCCUGCAAAACUUUGGCGAUCUUAAGGAUGCGGAGCAGGUCGGGCACCUUCACACAGUCCUGCGCCCUCACCUCCUCCGCCGCCUCAAGGAAGACGUCGAGAGCUCCAUCCCGCCCAAGGAAGAGGUGCUGGUCGAGGUGGAGCUCACCUCCCUCCAGAAGAAGUAUUACCGCGCCAUUUUGGAGCGCAACCGAGAGUUCCUCAACAAGGGCUGCUCCGGCGGAAACGUGCCCAACCUCAUCAACGUAGUCAUGCAGCUGCGCAAGGUGUGCAACCAUCCCUUCCUCAUCCAGGGCGUGGAGGAAAAGGAAACGGCGAAGCUCGAGGCCGCGGCCUACUAUAACCUCUUCAUCCAGAGCGCCGGCAAGCUGGCGCUGCUCGAUAAGCUGUUGCCGAAGCUGAAAGCCAGAGGCAGCAAGGUCCUCAUAUUCUCCCAGAUGGUCCGCGUGCUAGAUCUCCUCGAGUCCUACCUGCGGUUCCGUGGCCACCUCUACGAACGGCUCGACGGUAACGUGCGCGGGAACGACCGCCAAGCUUCCAUUGACCGCUUCUCCAAGCCGGGCAGCAACAGGUUCGUGUUCCUGCUGUGCACGAGGGCAGGCGGCGUGGGCAUCAACCUGGCCUCUGCCGACACGGUGGUGAUCUACGACAGUGAUUGGAAUCCGCAAAACGAUCUUCAAGCUCAAGCGCGAAUCGGCCAAACAAAGGAAGUCAAGGUCUACCGGUUGAUUACGAGCAAGACCUAUGAACGGCAGAUGUUUGAGCGUACAUCCAAGAAGCUCGGCCUCGACCAAGCCGUUCUCGAUAACAUCAACAUUACCGACAUCGCCAACACCAAAACCAAGAAGGAGACGCUAGCUCAGGUGGGCAAGGAGAUCAAUGACCUGCUCAAGUACGGCGCCUAUGACCUCUUUCGCGAGGACGAGGAAGGCAAAGGGGGCAACGAUAUCUUUGGGGAGGACGACAUCGACAAAAUUCUGGAGCGAGCAUCAACCGUCGUACGAUAUGAGCGCGCCGAGGAGAACAACACCAGUGGCGAUGCCGAAGGAGCGGCAGGCGCCAAGGACAAGAAGGGUUCCACCUUCUCCAAGGCCUUCUUUUCCUCUUCUCACGCCGACACCGACAUCGAUAUCAACGCCGAAAACUUCUGGGAGCUCGUGCUGCCGGAGGCCAAAAACGCUGGGCGCUUGCUGGAGCGCCUGCGUGAGGGCAAGGUCGGCGACACCGAGGCCAAGGUGGACGAGUUUUGGGAGGACUUGACCGGCGUGGUGCAGGAGUCCCUCGAACAGUGGAAGAAGACGAUCAGUCCCCCACGCGAUCUCCAUUUCCUCAACGCGAUCAUGGACGAAAUUCUCGAGGGCCGAGCCGGGGUGAGCUUCACCGACGAGCAGCUCGACCAAGCAGCUCUGUGGGCCGCCCAACUCAAUCGCCCACGCAAAAGACGAGGGCGUGGCGCCGAAGACGAAUGGGAAAUGCCCAGCCUGAGCAGGACCGAUGAGGCCUAUGGAAGCGACGACACAGGCGGAAGAGGAGUGAAGAGACGCCUCAGCGGUGCCGCUGCCAUGAGCGACGAAGGUCGCAGAAGGAGCGCUCGCAACGCUGGCAAGCAAGCCGACGACCCCAAGCGCAGGAAGCUCGGUGAGAUACCCGACUUCAACAUGUCGGAGAGGAAGAGGAUCCAAGAGGCCGUGUUGGCGUUUGCGCGUCCCCACUGGACUGCCAUCAAAGCCAAAACCAAGCUCCACAAGAGGCACGCCCCUCCCCCUGUCCUGCUUGGUGCAUCACCCUCUGCUCCGCACGUGCCUAUGGGAUUCGGCAGCACCCGCGCCCGUGUACCGCUUGGCGAUAUCCGCUCCUACGCGUUAGCGUUCUUACGCGUGUGCGCCGAUGCGGCCAAGGGCGAGGACCACGACAUCUUCCAGGAGCUGAUCCUUUUCAUGCAGACGCAAGGCCCCAAAUAUGGCGAGGAGAACCCGCCUGAUGUCGCCCCCAAGGCAUCACCUGCUAGUACUGCCUCCCUGGACGAGUCACCGGCCACGCGCAGCAGGCGCAUGGGCGCUGGCAGGUCGUCGGCUGGUUCUGGUUCCAAACCCACGGCUUCGUUCCCUUCCCUCGUCGAUCCCGCCUACCUGGCCAAUGUGCGCCGAAAGAUCAAGGGCUGGGCCAAGCGACUCGUGAUCCUGAACCGGCUUCGCACGGAGGUGGAGAAGUUCGAUGCGCCUGACCAGUUCCGCCUGCCGGCUACCUUCACCGAAAAGAAGAAUCAGCGGCCGGUCCCCUGGUGGGGUCGGGAGGAGGACAGGGACCUCCUGGUGGGAAGCUACGUGCACGGGUUGGGCUCAUUCGAGGCCCUCUUCGCAGACGAAGCCUUGUGUUUCUACAGGCACCACCGCUCUCUGGCCAAUCUUGCGGACGGCGGCGGCGAAGAGACAGCCACGACGAUGGCCAGCAGCAGAGCCUCGCGGGUGGGCAAGACCAGCAACAAGGGCGGGCGCGCCAAAGGCAAGGAGCCCGCGCGAGACCACGACGAGUACGAGGAGGAGGAGGAGGAGUUUGCACUCGCCAUCGAAGAAGAGGAGGAGGACGAAGACGACGAGCCUCAUGACGGCGACCACGAGGAGGAGGAGGAGGAGGGCGGGAGCGACGGCAAGACUCCAUCAAGCAAGUGGCCGGCCAAAAGGGUGUUGAAUCUGCGUGUGAAGGCCCUCUUGGACACCAUCGACAAGGUGCUGCGCAUCGAGGCGAGAGAGCGGCAGCGGCAGGAGAAAAUCAAAAGCAAGGAAGACCGCAAGCGCAUGCGCGAGGACGAGCGAGAACAGCGCCUCCAGCAGCGCCACCAGCGACAGGCCGUCAAGCGCCAACGCCUCGAGGAGAGAAGGGGACUCUGGAGCAAGCGUGAACGCGGCGACUUCCGCGUCGCCCUCAUGGCCUACGGACCUGGGAGGUGGGAGUUUAUCAUCGAUAAGGCGCGGCUGGUCAACAAAGACGACGAAGCGUGCGAGGACUACUACGACGAACUCAUGGCCUACGUCAGGAAGAUGUGCGAGGAGUACCCGAACCCCUACGUCGGGCUGGCCAAAGCUGGCAAGAGAUCCACCCGAUCCGCUUCUCGUUCGCUCUUGCAGCAGCAUGAAGACCUCGAAGGCCACGUGGCUCCCACCCACGUGGGUGGCGAGGAGCGAUCAGACGACGGCGGCGAGGACGAAGACGACGAGCCGGCAGAGUCCGAGGCCGACGACGACGAGGCGGAUGAUUUCGAAGCCUCGACCACGUCGUCGUCGUCGUCGUCAUCUGUCACUUCGCUGGAGAACCCCUAUUUGCUCUCCCCCAUCAUAGCCCAUCGCCUCCUGGAUCGGGUCUCGCUAUGGGAGGAGUUGAGGCAUAAGCUGCUCUCGCGUGCCGACCUCAGGCAACGGAUGGGAGCGGUGACACGAGGCAAGAUGCCGCAGUGGUGGUAUCCAGGCGAACACGACGUGGCCCUCCUGCACGCCGUGGAUGAAUGCGGAAUCGGCAACUCGGGGAGGACGUGGGACGAACUCCUCAACGACCCUGGCUGCGUCUUCUACACCAAAACGCCCAAGAACGGCCGCCCCGUCCCUCGGAAGCAGCGCGAGCUCUUCCUGCGCGAAUUCGUCGAGGACAAAUCUCCCCUCCUCAACAGGCACACCCCCACCUCCCACCCCUGA